AUGCAUAUUGGGCCUAGUGAUGUGCCCGGAGCGCUUGCUCGAAUGCCAAUGAGCUUCGGGGCAUUCGCUGCGCACGGCGGAUUGCCCCAGGCAACAUCAUUUCUACCACCUCCACUUUGCUGCAUUGCGGAGGGUCUCGGAACUGAAGACUGGGAGGGAGGCCGCACCUCGCAGACGUUGCCUUCACGCUCGCCAAGGCCUAUCUGCCAUGAUUGGCCUGGGCCCGAAUGUGAUGGUCCCUCCACCAGAUCUAGGGAGGCCGAUCACCAUUGCCCAAACGAGCAGAGGUGA